AUGGCACCACGAAGGUCGGCCCGUAUCAGCACUGCAUUGCAGAAAUCAACAGACAAAAGCACCGAACAGGAUCGGGUAACGAGCAAGGCUCUCAGCAGCCGAAGCCGGGAAAACCGAGUCGCCAAACCCACCGCUUCAAAGAAAGCUACUACAUCAACCGUCAACAAAACCUCGCGGGCGGGGAAGAAAUCAGCCGAAGACCGGCCUUCGAAGACCACUCAAGCUCCCAUCCCCAUUGCUCCGUCCACUCCAAAUAAAAGCACCCGCAGAUCGAACCAGCAUGAAACUCCCGCGUUUCCAUCCACUCCUCCACCACCAUUGCCAGAUUUCAAGCGCGGUGCAGCCAUCUCCGCACCUCCAGACCUCAAUCGACCAGUCGAUCCGCAUCGCACAAACGCAACCCUCGUCACCCCCCACGGAACACACUUAACCGCCUAUCCACGCACGCUCGAGGAGGCAUCCCCGUCGAAAACAGGUCUACCGCGUCCUACGGCAACCACGGGGAAUAUCCUCGAGCACGGUCUCUCGCACCUUUUGAGAGUCGGCCCCAGAUUGAGUGCUGUGAUUGAGAAAUACCCAUCCCCGCCCUUUUCAGCAUCUGAUCUGGCAGAGGAAGUCGACCCGUUCCAGGCGCUCUCGAGUGGGAUUAUCGGGCAGCAGGUUUCAGGUGCAGCGGCCAAAUCGAUCAAGAAGAAGUUUGUGGCUCUGUUCAAAAAGGGAUCGGCUGCGGGUGAUAGUAUCGGUUCUACUGGCGAAAGCGAGAAGAAUGACUAUGACUACGGUACAAAUACGCAAAAGAGUAUCAAUGAGACUGGAGACGUCAAUGAUGGUGACAACGUAUCUAUGGGUUUUCCGACUCCCGAGGAAGUUGUGAAAUGUGACCUCGCAACUCUCCGCACAGCAGGCCUAUCGCAGCGGAAAGCAGAAUAUAUCCAUGGCCUAGCGGAGAAGUUUGUCAGUGGGGAACUGAGUGCGCGCAUGCUGCUAACUGCGAGCGAUGACGAGGUUCUUGAGAAGCUGAUCGCGGUACGUGGACUGGGUAAGUGGUCGGUAGAAAUGUUUUCUGUUUUUGGGCUCAAGAGGCUGGAUGUAUUUUCCACAGGAGACCUGGGAGUGCAGCGAGGUAUGGCUGCCUAUGUUGGCCGCGACAUUGCGAAGCUAAAAGCCAAGGGAGGCGAGCUGGGUACCGACUUCCCUGAAGAUGCUAGAAGGGGAGUCAAUUUGCAGCUGGCUGCUUCUGCAUGUAUCACAGCUCACCAGAUGCUCCGGCGCCAUUGA